AAUAUAACCAGGUGCUGUUUUAUUAUAAAAUUUAGUACUGCCUUUUAAAAACGCCUUAUUUGUGGCAUCUCCAAACUUCCCAAUACGACUCAAUGCAGUAGAACGGGAAAGUGAAUGCAGUCAUGUUUUAAGUGGGAACAGGAAGGCAGAUAUUUGUUCGUUACUUCGGCAACGAGUACGCGCAUUGUGUGCGAUAGCAAAGAAGUAAAUGGAAAAACGAGUACAGCUACCAUUAAUACAGUGUGACUGAGAUACACGUCGGUUUAGUAGUGGCUGUGUUCGUUCGAAUUCGGAUGUGCAGAGCAAAGAAAAAAGUGUAUUUCACAGUGAAUAAAAAUUUUUUGAAAAAAAAGCGCAGAAUAAGAAAAUUCACUAUCGUGGCCGCCAUUGUUUUGUUGCGCACAGUAUGAAAACGGUUGUAGUGUUUGGUAUUCGCGGAGUGCGGUGUGAAAAUUUUUAAGAAAUUUAAAAUUCGCAUUAUUCAAAGCAAGCGGAAAAAGAUUUUGCUGGGAAAAAAAGUUUUUUUCACUAUUUCGGAGUGCUUUUUAUGCAUGUAGUGGCUCGUGGUGCUAAUGUAAAUCCACAGUGGCCGCCACACUCGUUCAGCUCGCCUCUAAUUAAAUCUAGAAGGGAACAAGGCAAAAAAAAAUAAAUAAAGGCGGCCAUAGCUAAAAAUUGAAUUUGAAAUUGCUGUGUGUGCUUAAGGAAUACUAAAAUGGAAAAUUCCAUCCGGAGAAUUUUUGAGCGUAUGGUAGAUUUGUAAUAGGUGGCUACUAAAGUUUAUGUAGCGCAUUUUAACAUCAACAAUAAGUUUUCAAGAAAAUAGCAGUGUAAUAAAAAAGUACUAAAACGAAUUCUGUUCCCCGUUUUGUAUUUGAAGAAGAGGAAGAAUCGAUAGCAAAGCUAAACCUCUUGUAUGGCGCGAUUAUGAAUUUGUGAUGCAGCAGGGGGAAAUGCUUUAAAAUUAUAUAAAAUGAGUAUCAACUGCCAGAAGUGAAAAGCGAAAAACGUUCACAGGUGGUGAAAUCAAAAAGAUGUGAAUGUGGAACUACUAGCGACUGUAUUUAACGUGCGCGGAACCGACCCAGUCUACUACCUAGAGCACGGACUGCCAAAAAAAUUAAUACUGGAAGUCUUCAUCAUUUCAUACCUUAAUCGCACAUAGAGGGUUAGCGUUUGCCUGCAGGAAGAAGAAGAGAAUAAAUUUUAGUCCGGUUAAGGAUACACUGAUCAGACCGAAAGCUGUCAUUGGCAAGGGAUACCAAAGCGCUUAUUAAAUCCUCCUGCCAGUAAAGUUAUAACAUCAUAUAUCUAACUAAUAACAUUAAAAAUUGAGAACUCAACAGAGACAACGACGCGCGCAAAUCGCAGGCGCAGUCAAAGAGUUGGUAGCAGUCGGGGUGCCGUUGACGACGACGAUCUGGUGGCCGAUGGUGGCAACAGCGUCAAUACAUUGACAGACGCUCUACCUGCCAGCAUCGAAGCUGUUGCUGACGACGCGACCAUUGAGAAGCCAGAUGAAGCAGCAUCCGGUAGCAUUAUGGCACCAGCGCUCAGCGAGCCCAUUAGCCCCACAGAAAAGCUAACCAACUCGACUGCAAAAGUCACACCUUCGACUCGCACAAACAAAGAUGCCAGUGACACUGGGUUGCUCACACCGUCAACGAUAAUCACUGGCUGCAAUAACAAUGAGCACAAGGAGAAAAGAGCUCGAAGGUGUUCCAUAUCUACUCCGAUUCCAUCGUCGUCAGCGUCAAUUUCGCCGCGUUUAACAAGGUCGAAGGACGCUUAUCAACGAGUAUUUGAACAAGCUGUUACACCCACUGCUUCUGUUUCGCCACCACCAAUAGAGAAAGAGGUGACAAACACUUCAACAGCACCAAAAAAUUCUGCUAAUAGUGUGGCCGACGGGGAAAACGAUGGCAACAGCAAACAUACGCAUGAGGACGGUAGACACAAUAAUGAGUCAAUAGGCCUGAGCGGAAAUUUGCAUAACAAAAACAUCGAUUGCGGUAAUGACAAAAAUUUGGUUGACACCAUAUUUUCCGAUGAAGUGGCGUGUGAAACUCGACAAAAAGAUGUCGAAUCAAAUUUCAACAAUAACAAUAAUGCAAGUAUAAGUUGUAAAAGUAAGUCAACGGAGCAGCUCUUGGCCGACUUGACGAACGAUAUCGAAGAGAGCAUCACAACGAAAGUGUGCAUACGUAAGCCAGUGCAGGACUUAACGAAAGAAGAAAACGUCUCAAACGCAUCGCUGGAAUCGAAAGAUUUAGCAAUAACCAAAGGUGGUGACAGUGAAGCGAGAGAAACGAACGCUAGUACAGAUUCCAUUAAAGUGCAAGACGAGCUGCAGCGUAUGGAUUCAGGGCUUGACAGCGGAAGCGGGAAGAAAAGUGAGAGUUUUAUUGCAGCCACAAAAGCACCGGCACAAAAAGUAACAGCGGCAAUUGAAAAGAAAAAGCUUAGUGAGGAAGGGGCAACAAGAGCCAGCAGUAAUUCCACGGUAGUUUCAACAAAAAUUUCAACAGAAGAGUUGCAAGUCGAGACGGAAAAAGUGCAAGUGACUAAUCAGAAACUAGAAAGUGCAACACGUUUGCAAAUAUUGUCAGUCGACGUUCUGCCCCCAAUUAGUACCGACUCAACAAUGACUGCCUCUGAAGUAGAAGAUAAUCUCGAAGAGCGCUUAAGCCAGCUUGAUGGUACAGCGAUUGCUUCUCCGAACUGUGAAGUAUUGAAUCCAAUAACUGCUAGCGAUGAGAUGGUUACAAUAGUAACAACGCCACCACGUACACCUAUAAAGCAGCAAACUCAACAGCAGCAAGUACAACAGCUGCAGCAGCAAUUACAACAAACCCCACCAACACCUCUAUCGCACCAAAUACAUCAACAACAACACUUACCGCAGCAACACACAUUUACGCCACAGAGCAGCACCUCGUCAGCUAAUACAUUGAACAGCACGAAUUUGCCACCGGCAUUCAUGAAAGAGACUGGAGCUGGUGAGUUGGAGGAUCAAGAUAUUGAGGAAGUGUUGAAAGUGCUUAAAGGUUUCGAUGGCAGCGCUGGCGCUGAUACGCUCUGCGACUUAAAUGUGCUCUUUAACGAGGAGUAUACCCUCAACUAUGAUGAGGUCAGUAGUCAGCCAGCAUCUACAUCGACUAAACCCAAUCCGCUGAAGGAUAUGCAAAGUGAAAUCGAACGCAAUCAACAAGCCAUGCAUCGUAGAAUCGAUUUUCUAUUACGGCGUAUGCGUAAACUUCAAGCUCGGUAUAUGAGCAAGCACUGCAGUGAAGAAAUAGCCGGUUUAUUUGAAUGGACAGCUCGCAUAUCUGCUGGAAAAGGUGGCCCAAUGAAUAACACAUCAGAUCUUUUGCGCUCAGAUACGGCCAUUAGUGUCAUUGCGGCACGUCCACCUGCCGACAAUUGGGCUGAAGAAAAGAAUCCCGUAGCAUCAACGCAAAUGUCAUCGAUGUUGCGGCGCUUGGAACAUUCUUCAACUGCGCAACAACUGUGUAUGGUGUCCGCGAAUAGUAGUUUGAAUGCCGCGAAUACGCAAUUGCCACGCAAAACAAAAAAGGCGCUUUUGCAAGAAAUGCAAGCAGCUGCGUCGACAUCUGCUGCGACAACAGCAAUUGCAUCGACGGCUGAACGCAAAGGCGAAGUUGUGGUACCCCACUAUGACAUUAAUGUCAGCGAAGAGAUGGCACAAGUCGCUGGUCUACUGCAAACUGAGAUGCGUGAAGUGCAGACUGCGAUGGACUCAGAUGCAACGGAAUCCAGUUCUGGUGGUGAAUCUGCGGACGAAAUGGUUACCUACAAUAAUCAGAUACAACAACCAUUGGCUAUCGCUAAACGUGCUGCAUGGCGGUAUUCACGUGACCGCGCUGCUAUAGCUGCUCGCUGGUCAUGGCUACUUUCUCAGAUCGCGGAUUUAGAAAUUAAAAUACGGCAGCAUACAGAACUGCGACAGGAGGUUGUACGGACCAAAGGUGCGGUGGCGUCUGGCUUAGAUGAGCAGUGUGCAACUAUUCAUGCUGGCAAUCUCAAAUCAAUUGAGGUAGCUACACUUAAUACGACAACAUCAUCUGUUAAUGGGUAUAAAGGGAAUAUGUUGGGUAACACCGGUGUCAAAUUUGACGCCAUUGAAAGUGAAGAAGCAGGCUUGAUAGGAGCGGCGCGUACUCGGGGCUUUGUACCAUCGUUAUUCCGGAAACGUAAAUUAUUACAAACGCAGAGUCUCCACACAAUUUCAAAGAAGGCUGCUCGACCAAGCAACAUAAAAUGUGGCUGCCAAUGGCCUUUUAAUCCCUGCGCGCUGUGUACAGGCCGAACAGACCCAACGGCGCCGCGAGAUCCUCCAGAUACAAUGAUGAUGGCAGAUAGAAUAGCGCUACUGGAUCCCGGUUAUCAUCCUGUUUUAAGCUUUCGUGAAGACGUCAACUGUACUUUGCACCUGGAAGCUAUUGCUCGAAUGCCAGAAUGGCAGCAACGCAUUAUGCGUUGUCAAGUAAAGAGCAUUGCGAAAAGCGUUUGGAAGGCUGAACGCGAAGCCGAACGUGCAGCUGGGCAUAACACAUCAAAGAAAUACAAUGAACCAGUCGUUAAACGCCGCUACACGAAGAAAAAGGAUAGAUUAGCCGCUGAAGAGAAGAACGCGGCGGCGGCAGCGGCAGCGGCAGCAACGUCGGCAUCAGGUAUGACAACAAAUGCGUCAACAUCAAGUGGAGGUGGUCCUACUGCAGAUUUGUCAUCAGGAACGGUAAUUGGUGGUGGAAGUGGUGGAGUGUCGGCGGAUACAUCAGCGCAUAGCGCAACAUCAACGACAUUGCCGGCGUGCGAUGGUGGAAACGGUACUGGCACUUUGUCUACGUCUACUACAACAACGCCACUUGUGGCCAACAUAUCGGCAAAAAAUUCAAAAAAGUUGCACCACUAUCAUCUAGUCGGCGACGGGGUGCUGUUAGAACCACCACGACCCUUGUCGCCGGUGCCUACGAAUCACAGCAGUCACAGUCAAAGCAGCCAUCACAGUCAGCAAAGUGGCAACAGCAACAGCAAUUACAUUCAUCAGACCAGCGACAAUCCCCCGCAAAACUGCGAUCAAUACAGUCCCAGCCCAGCACAUUCAUCAUUGAUCUCCAACAACAGUAACGGUUUCAACGGCGGUGGGGGCGUUGGCGGCAGCAGUGGUAUCGGUGGCAAUCAUAAACAGAAUAACAAAUAUCGUAAAAGUUCAGCGUCAAGUGGAGCUGGGGGCAGCGUCAACAACAGCGGCAAUAACAACAACACUUCCUUCUAUUAUCAAAAUAAUCAUUUGUCUUCGCACUACGCCACUUACACCGGUGAGUCGAACGAUGCGAAUUGGGAUGGUUUUGUGAUUCGCAGUCGCACAUCAUCACCAACGCAUGCGGGUGUUGGUGGAGGCAGUAACAACAACUAUCACAAAUAUGAAAGAUCUAAAAAUCGUACGUCAUAUGACAUAGACAACAUUGUUAUACCGUAUAGUGUUGCUGCAUCGACACGAGUUGAAAUUUUGCAAUACAAGGAAAUACCAACACCCAAAUGGCGCGUUAUUGAUGAAGAUCGUGGACGUACUGUUAUGUUAUCGGAUGAACCAAUGGAGACUGCUUCGGCUUCAGGAGUCGCUAAAUGUGAUAGCGGUGAAGGAAUGGAAAUUGAUGGAUGCGAGAAUAUGCUUGUAGAAAGUAAGACAUCAAGUGAUAGUAAAUCUGGAAAUUCAGUAGAUGUAGUUAAUGGGUUAGAAGUGGAUAUUAAAGCGGUAGAAGAAAAAACUUCAAAAGAAGUAAAUGCAACAGAGGAAUGUGGAAAACUGAAUGUCUGUAAUGGGAGUGAAACUGCCGAUGGAGAAGACGCCUUGAUUAAGAGCGGGGCGCCGAUUCUUAGUACCACAAAAAUCUCAGAGCAAAGAAACAAUAACUUUAUAAAAAAUGAUUGUAAUGCUUUGGUAAAAACUGAAAACAAGAACAUAACAGUUCAAAAUUCGUCUACGGCAGUCGACUCUAUAUCGGACGAACCAGUGGUAAAGAAAGCGAAAACAGAGCAUAAUGAAGAUAACAAAAUGUCAAGUGUAGACAAGGUUGAAGUCAAACCAGAAAAUGUAGGUAAUUCGACAUUUGCCGCAUCAAAAAUUCCUAAAACAGAAGCAACGGCUGCAUUCAAGCGGGCAAAGCGAUUCAAGCGAGUUAGUACCAUUCAAGAAGAGUCCUUCGACAUCGAUGCCGCUGCUGAAGCAGCAGAGCCGGAAGACAUAACAUAUGAUGCCAUCAUGUUGCGACAUGAACGCGCACUGACUGAAGAGCGCCGCAAAUUCCAAACGUAUUUGAAGUUCCCAUGGAGCACACGUUCGCGAGCUAAUAGGCGCAUCGACAGUCGCGCCGAGUCAAGUGGCGCCAAUACGCCGGAUCCUACUUCUCCGGCGCCACAAAGUUUAGGUGGUGGUGAUCAGGAGAGCAUUCCGUCGCCUCUGGCACCAUGUACACCUCUUAAUCCAUUGGAUACGAUUUCGGAAGCGGGCGAGAAUGGUGCAAGUAAUCCUCCAGCAAACUCCAUCAUCAGCGCUGCAAAUAAUACCAAUAGUAAUGAUUUGAGCAAACGUUUGGAACGUCGGCGCACAACGUCGACGAAAAGGGAGCGUGAACUGGAGCGACGAAGUUCCACACCAGACCCCAGAGAGCUCGUGCCGCCCUAUGAACCUUUGCAAUUCCCACUUACCGAUGAGGCGUUUGAAGGUUUGCUUAAAGCAAUGCCCGUCGAAUUUCAUUGUUUGGAUUUCGACGCCAAGUAUUUAGAAGACUGUAACAACACUGGCGGUGCCGUCAGUGGUUCCAAAUAUUCCCGUCAACGCAGCAGCUGGCGCAGUGAUGUGUCAGCUGUAAGCAUCAGGCGUGGAAAGUUAGCCUCUACAACGCAAAACUGUGAUGUAACAAGUAGUAGAAAACAGCGAAUAAAUAACAAUGGUGGUAGUAGUGGCCGCAAAGGUAUCAACGGUGGCCGAGGACGUCGACGAGGCAAUAAUGCCAUUACUAAAACUAAUGAUGAAUUGAUGAAUGGCGUGCAUGCCGGUGACGAGGAAGAAGACGACGAAGACGACGAUGUCGAUUUAAUGAUGCUAUUGGCCGAGGAGGCCGAUGAUUACGACUACCCAAAGCAUCAUUUAGCGCCCGAUGAUGAUCUCUUUGAUAGCGGUUCAGGCAAUGCGGGCGGGGGUGUUGUGUUGAAUGGCAACGCACGUAACCGUAUGAUGGAUAUCGAGGACGAGUAUGAAGCAUAUCUGGGCCGCCGACAUCGGGACAGUGACGCGGAGACAACAGAUAGUGAUCCAUUCGCCGACGACGAUCCCAACGAUCCAGAGUGGCGCGGCGAGAGUGAAGAUCGAGGUGGCGCUGGCGGGGGUGAACGAAACCGGCGCACUGUGAGGUAGCGAUAGCAAGUAAAACACUAGAAUCUUACUAAAAAACUAUGGUUUAAUGAUUUUGCGUCCUAACGGGGGAGUAUAAAUCGUCAGAGAUUGAUCUAGCUUUGCUUUGAAAUAAAUUGCUGAAACUAUGUUUCUCUACAGUUGAUGAUUUAAAACAACCACUUAAUGCUGCGUUGCAUUAAUACUUAGUGUGCGCGAAUUGCUGCCGGUUUGUGGUAGAACCUUUGUUUUAAAAACAAUAAUUUCCCAGUUUCGGUUAAAAUUUCUGUUGUAUUAAAACACAGAAAUAGUGGAGCUCUAAUUGUAGAG